UAAAUUUCAAACCACCGAACCAUAGCGCCGCACACAUUUCGAGUACUAUCAGCAAAACGCGCACGAAGUGCAUAUUAGCGAGCGCGUACUGAGCGCUAAACAGCUGUGAGCGUUUGUCCGCAAUUUGACUGUGUUUAGUGCGCGUACGAAGCAAGCGUGUAACGCAUCGCCGCGUCGUUUGUGUUAAUAAUUAAAUGAGUAGCAUUGGUGCGCGGUAACGAAAACGAAAUAUAUAUUAAUAAUAAUACAACUGUGUAUUCUAUUUAAUAUAGCAUUUACAUAAAAAAUAAAUUAAAAAAUAAUUACCAAAAAUAAAAUACCAAUUAAAAAUCAAGUGUAAGCAUCGGACAAGUGUUCGGCUUAAAAACAAAAAAAACGCUGACCAAACCAGCAAAACUCCUACUUUUCACGUAUAUAAUCAAGCUACAGCGUUGUAAUUAUGGCCGCUACACCGCUGACCCUGAUGGAUGGCGGCCUCGCAUCAGCAACGGUUACUGGAGAUGCAGCCAGUUUAGAUAGCGGCAGCAAUACAAUUGCAACAUCAUCCACAACCGCCGCCGCCGCCAAAACCGCAACGUCAUCCGCUGUACGUCCAACAAUGCUUUUUGGCUCUAGCGAACGUUUGGAUACAUCGGCCAAUAUGUUGGUCUCACCGAAUGGCAGCAGUGGUGGCAAUUCCGCCGCCACAUCGCCCUCAUUCCUGCCGGAGAUGCCGCAAUGGAAGAAAGACUUGAUACAACGCCGCAAAUCGAAUGUGGCACGUACGAUUGGUGCAGCCGGCGUGCCAGUGUCACCGACAUCCGCUGCAACAAUACAACAACAACAGCAGCAGCAACGCUACUCACUGACGGGUGGUCAACUGCAAUCACCAACAACAGCUGCAGAUGGUUUUUCACCAACAGCAACAAUAUCAAUAACACCAACCAGAGACUUAGCUGCGGUCGCUUCCAAGUCCGCAACUCAAGUAGCUAUAACAACAACAACAACAACCAAAGUGAGCAAACUAACAGCUAGUCAGCAACAGCAGCAACAUCAACUGGAGCAAGAACAACUGUACCAAUACCAACAAAAGCAUGCAACGGUAAUCACAGCUGAGCAACAACAACAACCACAAAUUAGUCUGAUAAUGAAAAUGCCAACGGCAACAGCCACAGCAUCUCCCACAGCCUCAGCCCCGUCGUCAGCAAUUGUUGGAGGCACAAUUGUUUCACCAAUACCGCGCGCAACUAAGCGCAAUUCACCAACAGGCAGCAACAAUAGUUCGCCAACUAAAGAAAAGUCUGAAAGAAUUCUACACGGGGGUCAUUACACGGCACAGCCGCAAACGGGCAAAGAAUAUCGUGAGAGUGGUGAUGAUCACGGCAGCAAUUGGGAUACACAAAGGCAAAUGAUGUCUCCAACAACAACAGCUGUAAGUGGUAUAACAACAAUAACAACACUACACAAAACUACAGCGCCAAUACCAAAGCAAAGAUCAGCCUAUUCACCGGUGAAGAAUGCUUCUUCAGCUGCAGCCAAAGAACUCCAUUCGAGCCAUACAAAUCAGCACGUGAGCGAGAAGAGAGUUAGCACAACAACUCGUUUAACAGGUACUACGGCUGGCACAGCGGCGGUGAGAGAGGAGCUGCAGAGCACAGCUGGUGGUGAUGUUGGCGGCGGAGGCAGUGGCGGUAUCGACGAUGGUAUCACCACCACUACAUAUAAUGUCUCAGCUGUUGCCGCAUAUGCUCUUGGCGGUGGUAGUGGUCAUGGCGAUGGUAGCGUUGAAGAAUGUAUGGCAGACGAAAAGCAGGAAAAUGAAACAACAACACACAAAGCGUACGCCGCUGAGAGCGGUGGUGGUGAAAUGUAUGCAACGACUGGCAGACAAAUACCAUCCACAACGGCUGGUUCGCCAACUAGAGCGCAAGUGAGUGUAGCGUCGUCGCCACUAUCGCCAAAGUUAGUCGCUGCACAAGCGGCUCAGUCUCAGCAAUCGCAACAGUUUCAUUCGAAGAACGAACGCGAACGGACGUACACGGAACAACGCGGUACGUCAACGUCGCCGUCGGCCGGUAAUAAUAAUAGUAAUACAAAUACACCAACCAAAGCGCAAACACAAGAAAAUACCACAAUAACCAACAAUAGUGGUGGCAGUAAUAGACAUUAUAACGCCUCAACUAGCUCGUAUUCGCCCACCAAUUACGCGAUCCCACAGCAGAACAGUAGUGCUGGUGGUAGUGGUAGUGGAAAAAUCUCUUCGAAACUACACAAUAAUCAGUUUAUAAAGAAUCAACAGCAGCAGCAGCAGCAACCAAGCACUGCAACACCAACGAAUAUUACGGCACGUUAUCUGAAAUAUAAGUCGCCAGCAACGCAUGCGCAGGAAUCGGCAAGCGGCAGUGAAACUGGUUCGACAAGCAGCACCAACAACUCGGGUUUACCGGGCACAUACUCACCAACCAAAUCGUUUGUGGCACCCACUGCAAGUGCAAUCAAGAAGAAAAUGGUUGCCGUGCAGGAAAUGAAGAAAACGACACAACCAAGUGGUAAUCAUGGCCAAUUGCAUACGCACCGCGCACAUCACAAUCAUCCUCAGAUGAUUAGCGCUGGUGGCGGUGGAGGCGGCGGUACAUGUGCGCGUACAGCGUUGAGCGGUGUGCGCGCACAGCCACCCAGUCAAACGGACGAAGUCAACUUCGAUCCGGCCGAGGAUCUCAGCUAUGGACCGGGUAUUGUGUCGAAGUUGCGUUGUCGUUACCUUAGUCUCGCAUUUCGCGAAUCUAUGGAAAAGGAGCGUCAUUGUUUGGAUAAUAUGCGUCGCGCUACGAGCCUCAACAAUUUACUGGAUCGUGACGAUGCACACGAUGACGAUGAGCCUGAAGAUGAAUUGGACAGUGGUGACGCUGUCGAUGUGGAGUUACAUGAAGAUGAGGAAUGUGUGGAGUUACGCGCUGAUAUGGAGCGUACACCAAACACUGAACGCAAAUUGAAAACACAGGGUGGCAUAUUGAAGCACAGUGGCGACGCUGCCACACAAGAUAACACCAAAAAGACAACAACAUUUCAGAAGAAUGCAAACGCUUUUGCUGCGAACGGCACGCGUUUGUUAAAUUCUGCGCCGGUCGGUAGUGCAGGCGGCGCGGUAUCGUCAGCCAAUAAUGCGUCACCGGAUACACCGCGUUCGCGUCAUGUUAAACGCGGUAAUGAUUCGUUAAAACGCGCGCGUUCGGUCGAAGCAUUGCUCUGUGAACGUUCACCGUGGCAAUAUGCGGCGCUCAAUCGUACUAGUUAUCAGCCACAACGUUACACAUCGGGCGGUAGUCCAACUUAUGCGACAUCGCAGCCGACUUGUGUGACUAUUGAGGAUAAAAUCAAUAAUGCACGCAGUCGUCUAAUACUCGGUACGGAUAUAAUGCCACCGAAGCGUUUAACCUCAGUGAUCGAUGAUACGGAGCGACCACCACCAGAUUUGGUUAAGCAAACAUUGAAGAAGUUCGAAGCGACGGCCAACCGGCGCGGACGCGGGCCAAAUCGCACGAAUGGCACUGGUGAGGUAGCCAGCAAAGUGGCCACCUAUAAGACAAUCAUUAAGGAGAAUAAGCCUGCAAUAGUAUUUCCCAAACCACCGCUUAGUCCCACCAAGAAAUUAAAUUCGCCACUGUUAACGAAACCGUUGGCCAAACCAGUUGUGGGCGCUAAUGAUUUGCUCAACAGUCCAUUAGGGCGCAAGACUACUGCCGUAGCUGCUGCGAAUGCUACUGCGGUUGGGACUGGAAAGACGCAAGCGUCCCCAAAUGUCGCCGCAGUUAGCGCAGCCACUAGCGGCUUAUCAGAGAACUCACCCGAUAUCAUUCCAAGGCAUAAGCUUUUAAUGGAAAAGAGCGGCGAAUCGCUAUUGCAUGGGGUUGCCGAUUCGCCAGUGACAGCUUUAACGAAAAAGCUCGAAAAGCUGCGCAUUGACGCUACGGAUAAACAACAACAACAGCUGCAAACGAUAAUAACAAAGGAGGCGAAACAGCCCGCACAGUUGAAUAAGCAGUCACAACACUCGGCACUCGAAGUAACCAGCAGCGACAACGAAUUCGUCAAUAAUAGCGAGUUAAACAACGACAACAACGCUAGCAGCCAGCUCGUGGGUGGCGUUGACGAGGGUGAAGCGGCCGGCGAUAGUAAUGACGCAGCCCUCGAAGGCAACGAAAAUAGCAAUAACAACAAAACAGCCGCGUCAACGAAACAGCAUAAUGAUCGUGCUGGCACUGGUAUUAGCGCUAGCGGCGGCGAGUCGUCAGUCGUAGAACCCGAUACAGCACAAGCAGGAACCGCCGCUAUUAGUAGUGAUCUUAGCGACGACGACGACGGACUGGUUGGUAUUGCCGCCGCCGCACCCACAAAACGUAUAACACGUACAGCACUCGAUAAUAUCGCACGCGCGGGCACAACACAACAAUUCAAAUUCGCAGGCAGUGGACAAACGCAUGUAGUCGGCAGCAAAGUAACGGUUGAGUCAAAAUCAACGAAGCCACAAUCGAACUUAAAUCCCGAUAUACCCACAUCGGUAUUGAACGCUGCGCCUGGUAAGCAAAUCGGGGUCAUACGCCCUUUACUCACCACCACAGCCGCACAACAGGCGGCCGCCAACGCAAAUACCACAAACUCCGGCUAUUCGCAUCAACAACAAUUGUUGCAACAACAUUUGGAAGCAUUGAAACAGCAUAACGUCUACAACAACACCACAUCAGCAACGCCAACAAACGCCACCAACGUCGCAGCAACACAUUCCACCAUUUAUCAUAGCACACCGCCGCUAACGAGCCGCGAAAUCGAAAAGAAUCGUAUAAAUGAGAUGAAGAAAACGGUUGCCUUAGCCGAUAGUAACAGUAGUCCUAUAGCAGCCACAAUGGUCAACGCCAGCACCAAUGCCACUUCACCCGCCGCACAGCAUGCCGCAAAUGCUAGUCUAAAUACCGUGAUAAAUACCAAUGCACCCGGUCACAAGACUGGCGCUUCAACGUCCGCAUCACCAAUUGUUGGCGGCAGUAGCACCGGCACUUCCGGUUUUAAUGAGUUGGAUGCAGCAGCGCAGGGCGCUAAUAAUAGUCCCUUAUGGGCGUUACGCAUUAAACGACAGACACCGCCGAGUGUGGCACAGGAGAACACAUCGAUGGUGUUCAACUUCUCCAAUCGCAAAGAGGUGCCCGAUUAUAUUGAGAAUGACGGUGUGAUCUUUCGCAGAAAACGUGAAUUGCCCAAGCCAAAUGAAUCUGGUUUCGUGUUACUUGGUGAUCUCUCAUUGGAAACAUCAACAGAUUCGGAUUAUGAUGAUUUCUCUAUGUGCCCACCAUCACCCUGCGAUGUUGAAUUCGAAAAUGCUAAUAUUGUGAUCGAUGGAAAGUCAAGCAUCCGACAGAAAUCCAAAGAAGCAACGUUCCGCGUACAAUUCAAUGAUACGCUCACCUCCACCUUUGAAUAUCCCUCCGAGGCAUCGCUAAUCAUUGACGAUUCCUACAGCAAUGAUGCGCUGAUAAGCGCCUAUGAUAAGUUGUCAACAAGUGACACAACGGAUUCUUCACCAGCGCGACACCAUCAUGUAGCCGUUGAUGAGAUUAUACAACUGCCAACGCCGGCGAAUACCUCGUCACCCGCCAAUAUUGCCAGCAGCGCAACAAAUACGCCAACGAAAAAUAUACUGGGUAAUUUGCCAUUAGGUUCAGCACCGCUUGGUUUUUACACGCCUGUGAAAGCGCCCAUCGAUAAUAUCUUUCAAUUGGGUGUAACGCGUGCACCUAACGGUAAUGGUCAUCACGCCUUCAAUAACACCUCAACGCCCACGAGUAACGGCACCACCAACGUCAACACAGCAGCCACACAGAAUGGGCAGAAAACGAAUGGCAUUUCGAACAGCAAUGGUGGCUUUGACGCUGACGACACCGAGGAGUCGGAGAGUUUGCAGUAUAUAAAACCGGCGAACGAUGAUCUCACCAUUGCGUACAGUGAGGGCGCGCAGAAGACAGAUUUAUUGUAUUGAAUGUGCAGCCAGGAUAGAAGGCAUUAGUUUGGAAGCAGCAGCAACGGCAGCGAAGAAAAGUGUUUGGAAAUUAGUGAUAAUACUGGAUAUUUGGUGUUGAGCGCUCCGGCAAUUCUUGUUACAAAGCGCUGCAUGAACGUCCUGACUGACUGGCUGGCUGAUAACUGGCAGUGCGAAGCGUUGCGCGUUUCGAAAUUGUUUUUGCAUUUGCAUAGCAGACAAUGUCUGGUCUAGUUUAUAAGUCGUUUUUUCAUUCUUCUCCUUUAGUUAUAUGUAAAUUUUAUUAUAUUUUUUUUAUUUUUUGCGUUUCUUUCACUCUCUCUCUCUCUCUAUCUUUUCUCUCGCUUAAUUACGAUACUAAUUUAGUUGUGUAGUUGCAUUUUUCAAAUGGAUACAUGCUGUAAUGCACUUUUUAUGUGUGUCAAAUUAAUGCAAUGCAAAUUUUUUGUCUGUUAUAAAUAUAUAAAUAUAGAAAGGAGUAAACAAAAUGAAAAUGAAAAUGAAAAUGGAAUGCAAUCAUUUAAAAUAAAUAUUAAUUAUGAAAAGUCUGUUUAGCAUACAGAAAUUUAUGAAUCAUAAAAAUAUACUAGAUUAACUUCAUAUGUGUAUGUAGCAUUAGAGCGUAGCCGCAAACAAAAAACAACAACAAUUGUAGUGAUAAAAAGUAUGCAGUGGAACAAGAAAAAAGGCAAUACAAUUUAAAAAAAUAAUACAAAAUCAUAAUAAUAAUGUCAGAAUAAUCAAAAUAUUUGCUCACAAUGCCAGAAAUGUUAUAAUUGUAUUAUCAGGCAGGUUCUGCAAUUCGAGUGAAAGUGAAAAAAAAAUUUAAAGUAAAAUCGAAAUUCAGUACACCAAAUAUACCAAAUAUUGGAUUGACAGUGAAUUUGCUUGAACUUCAUUCGGAAGUGAAUUACAGAAUCUGCCUGUAUUUGCAAAACUGAGUCAUACAUAUUUUUGCAUUAAUUCAUAAAUUAUGUCGUUUUUGAUAUUUUUCUUAAAAAUUUUUAAAUUUCUUUAUUAAAAAAUUGAAAUUUGUGAAUUUUGAGGUUAGACUAGAAUUUAAUGAAAAGGAAGAAAAAAACUACGCAAUGAGAAAUAUUUUUUUUAUAUUGCUUAAAAAUUUAAAACUCUUUGUUAAAAAAUUUACUUUUGUGAAUUUAGAAUUUAAUGAAAAGUAAGAAAAAACCAACGCAAUACUUUUAAGAAUGAUUUUUUGCAAAUUUCUUAAAAAUGUUAAUUUCUUUGUUAAAAAUUUAAAUUUGUGAAUUUUGAGGUUAGACUAGAAUUUAAAUGAAAAUUAAGAAAAAAAAACACGCAAUACUUUUGCGAAUAAUUUUUUGUUUAAAAAUUUUUUUAUUAAAAAUUUAAAUUUCUUUUUUUAAAAAAUUUACUUUUGCGAAUUAGGAGGUUAAAUUGUAAUUUAAUGAAAAGUUGGGAAAAUUCACACAAUACUUCUAAAAAUGAUUUGUUAAAAUUUGCCAUGCAAUGACAUUAAUUGUAUUGCUAAAUGUUGUACAUUCCAAUUUUUAUAAAUUUCAAAAAUCAUUGAAAACAAUUUUGAAAAAUUUUAAACAAUGCAAACCUUCGGCAAAUUUAUUGUUUUGUGUAUUAUAUGAUAACCUCAAAAUGCAUAUGAAAACAAAUUUUUUUGUCAAAAUUAAAAAAAAAAUAUAUAUAUUUUUUUUAUUUAAUUAAAAAUUGAUUUAAUUAGAAAUAUUUUUUUUUUUGAAAUUUUAACGUAAAAACUAUUACAAUUAUCUGCAUAUAUUUAGCUAAUUUUUUGCAAAAGUUUAAAAAUUUAACAAAAAAAAGUGAAAUUGAAAUUUAUGAAAAUCGUAAAACAUAAACAAACUAAUUUUUUCUAUAAAAAUUGUGAAACUGUAAUUUUUUCGUAUUUUUAUUUUUUCGCCCAUUUUUUUAUUAAAAACUUUUUUAUAAAAACUAGUUUUGUGUAUUAAAUGAUAAUCUCAAAAUUCAUAUGUAAAUAAUUUUUUGUGUAAACAUUAAAAAAAAAAUAUUUUUUUUUGUAAAUUUUAAUAUAAAAUUCAAAAGUUUUUGCAAAAGUUUAAAAAUUAGUCUGAAAAUCUUAAAAAGUAUGAAAAACUAAAUUCAUUCUAUAAAAAUUAUGAAAAUAUGGUCUAAACUGUGAAAAUCAUUUUUUCAUAUUUUUAUGUUUUUUCGCAAAAAUUUUAAGAAACUUAAAUUUAAAAAAAAAUCGAAAAUUCGUUAAAGUAAUUUUCACAUAUUCAGAGAACAAGUUUUAAGCGUGAGAAAAAUUUGUUGUAAAUUUUUUUUAAAUAUAAAAACAAAUAAAAUCUAAAUUCAAGUCGAUAUAGUCCACAGUGAAAAAAUAUACCCAAAUUUCAAAUAAAAAAAUCAAACAGUUAAUGCUUAGUCAUGAAAACAAAAACAAAGAAAUUAACGAAAAAUAUCAAAAAUGCAUUUAUGUAAACUCUAAAAUGAAGCUUCAAUAGAAAUCAAAAUAUAAAUAAAAAAAAAAAUAUAAUUAAAAAGUUAAAUUGCAAGCAAAAAGCACGCAGUUAAUCAAAAAUAAAAAUUGCAUAUACAUACAUACAUAAAAACAUGUAAUAGAGUUUAGAAAUUUAUAUGUGUUGAUGAUCUCCAGCAGCAGCGCUGAUUGAUGAUCACAACUCUAAAGCAAACCAACAAAACAAUGCAUAUGCCGACUACACAUAAAUCAAUAGAUAGCACUUAUCAAUUUGUGUUGUGUAGUUUCGAAGAAAAAAAAAAUCGAAAAUGCUUUACAGAAAAAAGUGUAACAAAAGCGCUCGCUCUAAAUGCCGCACUGCAUACAUGCAAAUACAUACAUACAUUCAUUUUUUUGUAAUAUGUAUUUUACUUAUAAUAUCUUAUAUUAAAUAAUAUUAUAUAUACAUACAUAUACAUUGCAUUACCAUUUACUAUACAUAUACGAUUAUUAAAUUCUAUUAUUACUGAUUUACAUGCAUACAUACAUACAUAUUAAAUAUAUAUACACAAGACCACAUACCGUACAUUUUUUUAGAUAUAAGCGAUUUAAAAUACAACAAAUACAACAACGUGCAGUUGAUAAAUAAAAACAAGAAGCGUAAUGUUACACAAACAAAGAAAAUUAUACAGAAAAAUAAAUAAAAGCUUAAAAGGCAUUUAAAUUUAAAAUAAAA